CUUGAAGUUAUCAUUCGACGAGGGUGAACCGUUGGCUAGCCUAUCGAAAUGAACGUACGCCUGCGCGCCAACGAACCGCUGAGCAGACUGGCCGAACAGCUCACAGACGUCGGCGGGCCACUGUCCGUAGGGGAGUUGGACCUCACAAACUGCAUCGGCGUCGACGUCAACCAACUACUUCCCCUCAUCGCCGAAUGCGGGCUUCUCCAACGCUUGCGUUGCCCCUCCUGCGCCAUACCGCCCAGCAAUGUGAUCAGGCUUGCGAUGCAGCAGCUACCGUACCUUACGGAAGUCGAGUUCUCCUGCCUCGUUGACAGAAAUGCCUUGCAGGCCGAGAUCAAAAACAUAGUCUCAUCGAAGUACCCUCCAGGCGGCGGCGCUUUCACCCUGAGACGCAUAUACUGCGAAGUGGGCCAGCAUCACAACUUUGUCCUACUGUUGGCUUUACUGCACCACUCCCCCAAUGCGAACGAUCUACACGUGCAUUUAGUGUGCGGUGAUUUCCAGAAGACUGUCGAGGCGUGCCGCGGCCUCCUUGCGACGCACAGACAGCUGGAGACGUUCACGUUCACCUCGGAACUGCCUUCGCCUAUCCAGGACGAACCGGUUCCACCAUUCGAUUUCGCCACGCUCGCCGCCGUCUGCGCAAAUAUCAGCCACCUGAGGUCCGUAACCUACUGGAGCUGUGCUCGACUACGGGACCUCGCGGAUGACAGCGCUGCAAGAGGGAUUAUGCUAUUUCAGACGAUCCUGGUCGCUGUUGAGGACGACCUCACGACGGAAUGGAUUCGUUUGGCCAGCGUGAAACACGAUUGGAAGAACGUGCGCCAACUAUGCCUCGUCCUGUUGCCGCCGCGCCCGUCCAUCUUCUACCCAGCGGCAGGCGGCAACUACCGCGACUGUCUUCGUGCAUUCAGCAAUGCACUCGCGCACGUCGUCGAGAUUAACAUAAGCACGUUCCAUUUCGAAAUUGGUCUCGACGUUACCGCGCUUCUUCAAGAAGGCUCGCUGCAGUUCCUGCAGUCGCUCUCAGCGCCCCCUUGCGGCUUUCGUAGCGUGUCGGCUCUGCGCCGUCUGGCGCUCCACUGCCCCGACUUCCAGGAACUGGACGUCCGCUUCGAGAGGAGGGGCCGCUUUUCCCGGUGCGAUGGAUGCGAGGGCAAUAGCUCCCUUGUUACCGAGGAAGGUACCGAAUUUCGCGACGGCGCCAGCCCCGUCUUUCGGAACGGGCUUGCGAGGUUGACCUUGAGCCAACUACACGACGCUGCGUGCCUGUGGUUCAUCGAGUCUUGCAAGCCAAUGGCCACACUGCGGUUGUCCUACUGCCCUUUGGAGAUUCACUACGAGCUUCUGCGUCGCCCGCUCGCCGACAGCAGCGGCCCGAGCUGCCUCAUCAUUCAGCACCACGUUUUUAGGUUGGACGACACAGCUCUGCUGGCCAACCUUAACCGCUUUGGCCAACUGCGGUACUUGUACCUUCUAUUGGAAACGCCUCUGUCACCCAGCGCGGCAUCGAAUGCCGUGACCGCCGCCAGCCGGAGCCUACCGCAGCUGAAAUGCCUGCACGCCCACUACCAGGACGUCGUCGAUCCCAACCUUCUCGGCACUAUCACGUGGCUGCGGUGACCUGGAGGGGCAAAGGGUGAUCGCGUGCUUCGAGGCGGUCCCUGCUUCCAAAGUUGUUCGACGGCUACCUUCAUAGGACUCGCAAAGCCGCUCAACCGUGACAUCCAGCCGAUGCUGUAACUGAAGGCUACGACACUUUUACGAAGGACACGCAAAAUUUUGCUGUAGAAAAGACGUUGCACCCUACCUUUCUUUAGUUGGUACAUGUGCACUAAUAAAUAGAUCAG